ACUGAAAUCGAUUUUUAACAAAAACAUUUCCGACAAGGGUUUUGGAAACUAUUUUUACUCCGAUCAGGAUUCUAAGAAACAAAAGGCAACGAUGAAGGCCGUGGUCCAGCGAGUUAUCUCCGCCUCCGUCGAGGUGGAAGGGCGUACGGUGUCGGCGAUUGGGCCGGGGCUGCUUGUGCUCGUCGGAGUUCACGACCUCGAUACUGAUUCCGAUGCUGAUUAUAUAUGUCGUAAAGUGUUGAAUAUGAGAUUGUUUCCUAACGAAAAAACAGGCAAAUCAUGGGAUCAAAGUGUAAUGCAGAAAAAUUAUGAGGUUCUGUUAGUGAGUCAAUUUACCUUGUAUGGGAUACUUAAGGGUAACAAGCCAGAUUUUCAUGUUGCAAUGGCACCUGAUAGAGCAAAAUCCUUGUAUGCUUCUUUGGUGGAAAGGUUUCAGAGAAGUUACAAAGCAGAUGCAGUAAAAGAUGGAGUAUUUGGGGCAAUGAUGAAGGUCAAUUUGGUCAAUGAUGGGCCAGUUACAUUGCAGCUCGAGUCACCACAGUCAUCACGAAAUUCAAAUGAUGCCACAGCAGAAGUAGAAAGGACCAUGAAUGGAGAGUAAUCUGGGCAUAUGUGAAUUGCAGUAUGGGUGUGUUGCUUUUUCACCCUCUCUAAAUUUACUGCAAAUCUUUCUUGAUUCCAAUUGGUUAUUGAUUAGUUUUCUCCAUGAAAAUUGUUAGAUCUUAUAAUUUACUUUUUCAAAAUUUAUACUCUAAUUUAAAAAUUAAAGAUUUAA